AUGCUUCAAAUCCUCACGCAACAAACCACUCUGCGAUUGAUGAUGAUUUCACCAGCUCAAGACGGCUCACCGAGACGUGGCUGUGAAGACCCGCAUUGCCCGGCUGUGAAAGGACACGACAGUUUCAUGUUGACACCGGAUUCGUUUGCUAAGCAACCGAAAAGCUAUCAGGACCUUUUCAAAAGCACAAAUCUGAGUGGCCAAAAACAAAUGAUGUUGCCGAAUGAAUGGAACGUGCAAACGACGAGUGCUCGUGCUGGUGCUGCUGCUGGUGGUGGAUUAUUUGAGCAACGCACACUGAAAUCAGUUAGGAACGUUCAAUUGAAUUCAGCAGCACGUAUUUUGAGUCCACGACGACGCCAAACAAGUGAUCAACAGCAAUCCACUGCUAGUGGUGCCACAUGCGUUCAGUGUACAUCGAAUGCGGUUAACACCCGAUCGUGCAGAUCGAAACGACUGAGUGGAUCGGCGCAUGACUACUUGUCUGAAUUGAUUCAGAGUCCUUUCAAUGUACCUGAACUCCUGAGAGCUCAAUCCGAAAAGAUGUUGAAUUGUUCAGAAGAAGGCGAUUUCAAGCAGGAGAUGCUUCGAAGUAUUUUAGACAACAGUGAGUUGUGUAAUUGCCAACGACAACUUCAGAAGGCAAUCGAAGAGAAGCAAGAAUUACAAGUGCUCGUUGAGACGUUGCGAUCCGAAUUGAAAAAGGAACGUGGCGCACAUCAGGUGACGAAAGCUGAACUCGAUAGGCUACAGAAACAAAUUCAUGCGAACAUACCGAAAUAA